UGCACUGCCUGACAGCCACUGUCAAUCAAGAAAUAUAAAUCUCAGAUUAGCUGAACUCUUAUUUGGGUGUGAGUUCUCUGAAGUGCUCAUAAAGAAACGAGGGGGAGAAGAUGGAGAACAAUGUGGCAGAAAAGGGAAGAGUCAGAGUGCGAAUUUCGAAUGAUCUCUCGGAGGGUGAAAAAAGAGCUACUGCCACCAGGAAAGAAGAAGUGAAGAAAGGCCUUGACAAACUUGGGAUUCCGUGUGAUGUGGACAACAUCCCCAAUAUUGCUGUCCUGGCCUCAGGUGGAGCAUUGCGGGCCAUGGUGGCUCUCUGUGGCACAUUAGUGGAGCUGAGGAAAUACAAUCUCUUGGACUGUAUUAUGUACUUAGGUGGGGUGUCUGGUUCCACUUGGUGUAUGUCAGGCCUCUACAAAAAUAAAGACUGGGUAGAAAAAAUAGAGGAAUUGGAAAAAUGUCUACAUGAAACCCUCACCCAGGGCAAGUGGGAAACAAAGAAGGCAAUUGAAUCUGUUCUGGAGGCAGCAGAAGAUGAAUGUUACUCUCUGACAGAUAUCUGGUCGUAUUUCAUAGUACAUAGACUUUUAAACCAGUUUGAUGAGACUACAUUGUCUGUCCACGGGGCAUCCUGUGAGAAUGGGAAAAAUCCUUACCCUAUCUAUGCAGCUGUGGAAGCGGAAACAUACCAGAAACCUCAUGCAGGUACCUGGUUGGAAUUUACUCCGCAUGAAGCUGGAUUUCCUGGCAUAGGAGCAUAUGUAGACAUCAAAUACUUUGGGAGUGUAUUUCACAAUGGGCAAAUGAUUGAAGAAAGAAAGGAGAAAAAUGCCUGCUAUCUGCAAGGUUUAUGGGGAAGUGCCCUUGGAAGCAAGGAAGAAGCUCAAAAGAAAAUAGUUGAUGUUCUAGAGAAUAUUCUGGAAGAGACCACUUCUAAUGACUUGGACCAUGAUUCCAGCAAAAGCUCUGAAUUGCUCAGAGAGAUGCUUGAGACCUGGAAUUCUGCAGAUGAAGAAACAAGACAGGAGGAGUAUAUGAGAUUGAACCAAGCUUUGGACACAGAUAUUGGAAGAUCAGACAGUCCUGCUCUCCACAAUUUCUCAAACAUGAUAAAAAAGACAUGUUUAUGCCUUUUAAACUGGACCUGGGGAAGCACCAAGAAUUUCCUCUACCACUGUUCUGAUGUUGAAUUCCCUGAACUGUCAAGCAAGCCAGUUCUGUACUUCAUCGAUGCUGGUCUGACUAUAAACACUGCUUACCCAUCCAUUCUGCGCCCUGAAAGGCAGGUGAAGCUGAUCCUCUCCUUUGACUUCAGUGCUGGAGAUCCUUUUCUGACUGUUAGACGUGCUGCUGAGUACUGUGAUGCGCAUGGAAUACCGUUCCCCAAGAUAGAUGAGGCAGAGCUGCAGGACACGGACAACCCAUUGGAUUCCUACAUCUUCAGAGGGGAACGUGCCCCAACAGUCAUGCACUUCCCACUGUUCAACAAAGUCAACUGCCCAGGCAAAAUUGCUGAAUACAGAGAGCAGUUCUCAACCUUCAAGAUGCACUAUUUAGGUGAAGAGAUUGAAAAGCUGCUUACUGCAGCAAAGAAAAAUGUAUCAAAUGUCCAGCAAAAGAUUCUGCAGGAGAUGAAGCGUAUUGCAGGUCCUCCUUCUCAAAAGGCUUAACUAAACCUUUGCAACAGACUUCCUAAAGAGGUCCACCUGGGUCCAUCACUACUUUUGUUUUGGCCCAAGCAAAAACUGUUGUCUUUUGAAGAUAUUUUGAGACCAGAGUUUAACACCUGAUUAUAGAUUUUAACACCUCACUCUGCUCCAGCAGAUUUCCCCUACCUAUACUUGUAAAUGGAAUGUUUAAUUAAUUGUUGUAAUUGUUCAAUUAUAAUUGAUGAAUUAAUGAAUUUUAAUGUGUUAGCCUCUUAGAGAGCCCUGUCAGGCUAUUCAACAGCAUAUAAAUUUUAAUCAUCAUCAUCAUCACAUUCUACUCUAAUAGCAGACUCAUAUGAUCAGGCCUGUUUUCACCAUUGAAGAUCCUCCCAAUUUGUUGUUGAUCAUCAUCAACACCACCAUAAGCACACUAAUCAAUAAAACAACUAAUUAAAACAUCAUAAAUCACAAA